UGGAGUGUAUAGAAUUUAAGCCAUCUCUCAGAAGUGUAUGGUAGAGCUAAAGAAGGCGGCCACCAACCAAGGGUCAUCUGAAAUUGUGAUUGGCUAAUAAUCCCAGGACAAAAUUAGAGAUCACUGCUCAAGCAUAAGGCCUCUACAAAGAUGUUUGAUUUAAAGGCUUGGGCUGAGUAUGUUGUGGAAUGGGCUGCAAAGGACCUGUAUGGCUUCCUUACAACAGUUAUUUUGGCCCUAACUCCAUUGUUUCUAGCUAGUGCUGUACUGUCUUGGAAAUUGGCCAAGAUGAUUGAGGCCAGGGAAAAGGAGCAAAAGAAGAAACAAAAAUGUCAAGAAAAUAUUGCAAAAGCUAAAGGACUAAAAAAGCAUUGAAGGAAUGAACAGGCUCUGCAACCAGAGGAAGAUCGUUUGGAAAAUUAUGCAGCUUUGGAAGGACCCAUUAAGAUUUCUUUUCGGAUCUUAUGACAGUAUUACUUAGUAAACGAAGUUUGAGCAUGUGGAAGAAUCCUGUUAGUUCUCACCUGUACUGUAGCAACUUUUAGGCUUCCGUGUAGAAGUCUGUUGACAGUUACUGUAAAUUGGCA